AUGAAGCGGCGCCAAAUAAAUCGCAUGAACAAGGAUCUAGAGCUGUUUCGGCGCGUGAAGGAGCGCAGGCUGAAGAACCCCAAUCGGCUCGUAGAUAUACGUAAGAUCAACUUCAUCAACGACGAAUGCAACCCCGCGCUCAUGAGGCUACCUGUUUCGCCGCUGGUCGACCUGAACGGACUGGUGCCAUUUAAAACGGUGCCACAGAUGACAUCGCAAGUGCCCUUUAACCCGGCUCCGGUGCUGCACAACGUAGGGUUCAGGUUCAAGCCAGACAAAAACGGAAAGUAUGAGCGUUUCUGCGAGCCAUACCCGAUGGACGAGAUUUUGCAGGUGGUAGACGCACGCAGUCUGGGUGCUAUAAGCCGCAUGGCUGGCAAGUACAAAAUCACGGGGGACGGAACUAGGAUACCCACCCCAAUGGAUAGCCAAAUUGUACCUCCGGGUGCUAGUGUGGGCAAGGGGUACGGGUUUGGUCUCACCAAGAAACCCGAACCUAAAAAUAAGCCCAUACCGCUCUCCAACUUCAAGCCUUUUGCUCCUAACAUGGAAACGCUCAUUGAAAGCCCGCAAGAACUUGAAAGUGUACAGAUGCAGGCACGUGCCUACGCUGAAAGCUUGGUCGGCAAAAUAGCGGAGUCUGCCGGCAACGAUGCUUCGCCGACUGUGGACUCCAGCUCCGAAACUUCGGAUGCCCUCACCUCUGCUGUGGAAACACGUCAAGAUAUAGGAAAAUACGAGUCAGACAUCGGUGCUAUAACGCAACACGCUGCGACAAGUGGGCGGUACGAUCAGGUUAAAGACGCCGUUGAUGUUUCGUAUAUGGACGACGUAUGUAACGAAGGUGAUAUCAUGAGGAACCCCAGGUACCUCGGAGAGUAUCGGUACAAAUACUGGUACCACCCCUUCUACGGCAACGCAACCAUGCCUGGUGACGAAAAGCGCCUGAUCGAGGAGUACAACCGCGAACACCCCGACGCGCCUUUGGAAUAUGAGGAAUACAAGGUCGACCUCAUCUACUGUCACUCCAACGGUACAAUCGUCUACCUCGGCGAAGACCAGGAGCCGUACACUAAUCAGGCCGAUGACUUCGUCAUGGAGGGCGAGGACCCUAGGGAGCCACGCUUCGUAGUACAAGCGGAGGCAGGCUUCAUCAAGGAACAUCAGCUGAAGCUAGGGCAAAUUCUACCCAAUGUCAACAGUGAGAUGAGAGAGCGUUAUUACGAUAACAUAUUCUUCACACCAAAGAGCGUGCGGCGCCAGUGGCAAGUGCAUCUGCCCGAUGGCACCCCGGUGAUGUAG